GAUGAGCUCGCGCGUCUUUUCACCUGGUGAACCAGGUCGGCCCUUCAUCUUCCCCUUCCAAACUCCCUUUGUAUAAAAGCUGCACGUUAAGUGCUGACGCCUAUUUUCUUCACUUCUCUCGAGUAGCCGCAACUUGACAGCACCCAAAGAUGAAGGUGGCUUUCGCUCUGAUGUGCCUCUUGGCCGCCGUCUAUGGCAUGCCCCAGCGCGAGGGUGCCCAGUUCACCAAUGAAGCGAUCCGGCAGGCGCAGAACACGUUCCUCAUCCCCAAGGACGCCGAAAUCCAGAACGUGCAGGAAGGCAUCGAACUGGCCGCUUUCGAAAACCUGCCCGGCGACCAGCGCAUCGACCUGGCCUCCAUUCUGGGCGCCCACGUCCCCGCCGAGGUCGUGUCCAACCUGCAGACCCAGGUUGACCAGGUCGGCAGAAACUGAAAAUCUAAUCUACAGACUCUCAUUUUUUUGUAAAUAAUUAACAACUGAAACAAAUUUUUGUGUGAAUAUCUUCGUCUCUUCAUUAUUAUGUACAAGGAAAAAUUGAAUUAUAAUAAAACGAGUACAACUCUGUUUUUUGUAAGAAAA